CCUGAGGAGACAAUCCAAAGAAACUUGUCCAAAACAGAGCAGUCUGAAGCUGGGGAUGGCGACAGUAUUGGACUCAGACCAGGCAAAGAAACAGAAAAGGCUUGUGGAGGAGAAAGCCCCCCUGAAAACAGUGCUGGAGCAGCAGAUCCAGCCCACAUAUGAAGAUCCAAAGCUUGCCAAACAGAAGGAUGAGGAGACAAGGACUGAGAAUGGGAAGCUAAUUGUUGACACAGACUCUGGCAGAAGAGUGGAAUUAUCUGGGAAAAUAUCUGAACCUAUAAAGGUUCCUUACGUAGACUCUAACUUGGAGAGGCAGCUGGCAAAGCCUAAGGAGAAGACUGAAUAUAAAUGCUCAGAAUGUGGGGAGGGAUUCAUUCAGCACUCAGACCUGAUUCAACAUGAGGAUAUACACAUGGGAGCAAAGUUCUGUGAGUCAGAAGUGUGUCAGAAGUCUAGUCUUAGUGGACAUCAGAAGAUCCGCUCUAGAGAGAAAGGUCAUCAAUGUCAUCAGUGUGGAAAAGCCUUUCAGAGGAGUUCACACCUUGUCAGACAUCAGAAAAUCCAUCUUGGUGAGAAGCCUUAUCAGUGCAAAGAGUGUGGAAAAGUCUUUAGUCAGAAUGCAGGCCUUUUGGAACAUCUCAGAAUCCAUACUGGAGAGAAGCCUUAUCUGUGUAUCCACUGUGGAAAGAACUUUAGGCGCAGCUCUCACCUUAAUCGGCACCAGAGAAUUCACAGUCAGGAGGAGCCAGGUGAGUGCAAGGAGUGUGGAAAAACUUUUAGUCAAGCCCUGCUACUCACCCACCAUCAGAGAAUCCACAGUCACUCAAAAGGUCAUCAAUGCAAUGAGUGUGGGAAAGCCUUCAGUUUGACCUCGGACCUUACUCGACAUCACAGAAUUCACACUGGAGAAAAACCUUUCAAAUGUAGUGUAUGCCAGAAAGCUUUUCGACUAAACUCACAUCUUGCUCAACAUGUGAGAAUCCACAAUGAAGAAAAACCCUAUGAAUGUAACAAGUGUGGAGAAUCCUUCAGGCAGAGGUCAGGUCUAUUCCAACAUCAGAGAUAUCACCACAAAGGUAAACUGGCUUGCUGAGGUGUCCUCUCCUUAUGGAAGACCAGAGAAGGAUAUUCUGGCAGCGC